CCAUGAUUCUUUGCUGUCAUGUGGGCGAAGGAAGCUAAACCGAUGAAGAGGUGCUAGUUGGUUUUACUUGAUUAAAUCUUGAUUUUUUUUCAAAUUCAUGCCGUCGUGUAACAAUUUUUAAAUAAUCUUAGUAACUUGGCAGCUUUUUGUAAUCGAAAGUACGCGCGAAGCUUUGACGAACCGUUGAUGUCAAACGGGAAUCAUCCAAAAUAAGGUAACAGUUAAAUUUUGAAAUAGCGAAAGCAGCUAACUAUCCUCGUUAGCUUAGUACGAAAAAGCAGUGAUUAAAUAUUACCUUUGUGUCUGUUAACAUAACGUUUGUCCUUUGAUGUACGGCUGAUAAAUUUUGAUUUUAACUUUAUCCAAAUGUAUGGUAGUUGUAGCAUUAUCAUAUAAGUGACGUUAUUUCAGUAUUUUCAAUCAAGCUAACGAGUUUUUAGGUUAUAAUAAUCACACACUGUCAGCUGUCAGCUUUGUUGUCCACCUUACUCGUGUCUCGGUUAUAAAUGUCCUUUUGGAUGUUUCACAGCUGCUCCAUUUUGCUGUCAUUGCAGUGAGGAUAUCCAAUGGAUGCCAGACCUCGACCAAGACACAAUGAUGGUGUUUGAGCUGCAAACGCACUAAGUCGACAUCUGAUGAAAACUUGCUGCAACCUUUCAGACUGUAAGAGACUCACUCAACACGUUGAGAUAGAUGUGUGUCUAAACUUCAAAUAUCAUCACACCCAUGGAAACAUAAGCAGUCAGAGUACAGUGUCGUUUAUAUGCCCUUAGGUAACCACUGCUAGUAUGAUUACGAAACUUAUAAAGCCCUACGACUUAUUGAGUUUCCUUAUGAGGCCAUGAUUUGUGACAAAAUACUAUUCAUACUAUUUCAUUAUUACCUAAAUUAAAUAAGUAGAGCUGACUAGCUGGUAAAUCUGUAAAAUCAUGGACGAAAUACACCUUUGACUUGAAAUAAAUCUUCUUUUAUAUCAUGUGUAAUUACUAAAAAUCAAAAAACAGAGUUAUUAUCAGGUAUUUUGCAUACAAAGACAGAACAUUUAUGCUGUUGUUAACAAUAUUCAAACUAUACAAACAUUAGAUAAACGUAAACUUGUAUCAUAUGAAAUUGAACUUAGACUUUCUUUAUUGUCAUUGCACAGAAUAAAACACAGCAGUGAUUUCUCAUUGCAAAGAAAUGUGGUUGCUUGGCAUGAUGGUGUUUUAAUGUAAUAUACAGAAAAAACCAAAAAAUUAAGGGUAAAAUAGGAGCAUGAUGAGUAAUAUUGCAAUUUCUGGAGGUAGUGGAAUAAAAACCAAAUAAAUAAAAGUAUAUAUAAGAAGAUAUAUGUUCUUAUUUACAUAUAAUAAGUAGUAAAAACAGGGGCAAGGUGCAGCAGGGUGGGAGUGGGGGGUUAUAUGGAGGGUCAUUUGGCAUUUACCACUCUGAUGGCAAGGGGGAAGGAACUGUUUGUGAAUCUGGCUGUUCUGCAGCGGAUGCUACAGAACCUUCUGCCAGAUGAAAAUUAGGGGGGAAAGAUUUCAAAAAUGACUAACAAGCUGCUGUAGGGACAAUACAAAAUUUUGGAAAUAGCAGUUGAACAGGUGAUAAGAAGUUAUGGUCCACUUAUUAGCAGUUAACAUGGUGUUAAAGGAUCGUUUUCUGGUUCUCUCGAGUUUUAAACUUGUUGAGAGCCUCAAGAGUGCCAGUAAGCAGAAUUAAAAAGAAUUUGUUUAACAGUACGUGUUAUAUUUAAGAUUUUUAAGUAAUUUUCAUAUUGAUUCAAAUGGGUAAAGUCACAGGUAUUAAGAAAACAGGGUUCAAGUUGCUACAUGCCUAUUUAAAAUAAUACUUUUACUUGUAUUUAACUGUUUCGGUGAACUGUUCUCCCCCACAGCCAGCAUGGAAGACAAGGCAAAUGGCUCUGUUGAUACAAAAAGGUAGUUUUUUUAAUUGUUCAAAUUUGUGCAAGAUAUUCUGUAUGAAAGAAUUUGAAAGUGUUUAUUGAACAGAUUAUACAGUUAAUUUUCUGAACGUACAUCAAAAUGACUCCCAUCACUGUAACCUUACAGCCCGGUGGAGAAUGGUCAGCUACCAGACCCUGCCAACUGGGGGGUUGCUGACGUUGUCAAUUACUUCAAAGCAACAGGGUUCGAGGAACAAGCCACAGCUUUCCAGGAUCAGGUUUGUGUGAAGUUGUAGCUCAAAAAUUCUUUAUAGAUUGUAAAAUAUAACUUGAAUCACAGUCAAAUAUUUCUGUCUCUCCACCUGCUAGGAAAUUGAUGGCAAGUCCCUGCUCUUGAUGACACGUAACGACGUCCUCACGGGUCUGUCAAUAAAGCUCGGCCCAGCACUGAAAAUCUACGAGUAUCACGUAAAGCCACUACAAACUCAACACCUGAAGAGCAACAGCUCAUAGCAGUGCAGGCCGUCCCCAACACCCACCUCAGUGACAAUCAUUGUGUCAGGUGACCCCAGGUUAGCUGCCACUUUACAAAGACUCCUCUGGCCACAGUGGCACCUUAAACAGAAUUUGAAUACUGUGUGUUUUUAUAAGCGUGGACACCAAAAAUGGGUUGCGUAUGGAGUCCACUCCGCUGUUUACCCUUUCAGCCAUUCUUGUGUCUGCUGCUUGAGAUGUGUAUUUUAUUUUUUGUUUGUUUGUGUUUUAUUUAAAAGAAAGAAUUUUGAGAUAAUAUUUCGAGGAUUGAAUUUUUCUUUUUAGUGUGUGUAUGUAAAUGUUUGUGCGUGUGUGCGAAAUGAGUUAACAUGUUGGCUCAAAAAAGUAUUUGUACAUAAGAUGAUAUAUAGUUGAACACUGUUUAUGUUCUGUCGUAUCUGAACACUUUGAUACAUGCAGUAAAUGAUUCUAAUGCAUCCUGUUUAGUUUGAAAAUCAGAUUUAUGCUCUUAACUGUGCAGCUGAGUCUAUGUCCUUAGCAUGUAACAAUGAAGCAUCUUGUUUUCCUGAGCCAGUUGAAAGCCUUGAUGUUCCUGCACACCCACAUUAUCUGGACUAAAGGCUCUUGAUAUAAAAAAAAUAUAUUUAUGUGUACAUAUUCUUAUUAUGUUCCUACCUGUGGUGCUUUCAGCUUUGUCACAGAGACAACUGUAUUGAAGUGUGUAUGACCAACAUAUAUGUGAAACAUAACACUGGAGUUUGAGAACCUGAAUCAAAGAUUUGCAAUAAAUGGUGCUCUUUUCUCACCAAAGAACAACACUGUUGAAUGGA